AGGUAUGCGGAGGAGACUAGAAACUGCUUAGUCUUACUAUGCCCGUUACAGAGGGCGUUUUAGGCUUUAUUGUUUUCAUUGUUUGGUAUUUGUCGGUUGACGUCUAGAUCAUCAUUGAAUCUCUUGGAAUGUUGAAUCAAGAAGUGUGCUAGGAGGAGGGUUUUCAGUACUGGGUAGUGGCUUCUCUGUCUUUGGUGAGUGCAGCUAAUCCAUAAUAGAUGUCAUUCUGAGGGUGUGGGGGUGCCGCCAAUUUUGGAGUUAAAGAAGGAUAGGAUUCAGUAUGAUAGCUGAUGCUGAGGAAAAGGGACUUAUAACACCGGGGAAGAGUAUUUUGGUUGAACCCACUAGUGGAAACACGGGAAUUGGCCUCGCCUUUAUAGCUGCGUCAAAAGGAUAUAAGCUCAUCUUAACAAUGCCAGCAUCAAUGAGUCUGGAAAGAAGGGUUCUUUUGAAAGCAUUUGGGGCUGAGCUUGUUUUAACCGAUGCAGCUAAAGGCAUGAAGGGAGCAGUUCAGAAAGCUGAGCAUAUAUUGAAUAACACACCAAACGCUUACAUGCUUCAACAAUUUGACAACCCUGCAAAUCCAAAGAUACAUUAUGAAACAACUGGUCCAGAGAUCUGGGAAGAUACUAGAGGCAAGGUGGACAUUUUUGUCGCGGGGAUUGGAACCGGUGGAACCAUUUCUGGGGUCGGUCGUUUCCUUAAAAAUAAAAAUCCUAAAAUCAAAGUUGUUGGUGUGGAACCCUUAGAAAGCAACAUAUUGUCGGGUGGAAAGCCUGGCCCUCAUAAAAUUCAGGGGAUUGGAGCAGGUUUUAUACCAAGGAAUUUGGAUCAAGAUGUGGUUGAUGAAGUCAUAGAGUUGUGUGAUGUCCCCUCACCAGAGGAGUACUACUACUUACGAUUGAUCCCUACCCCUGCUAUUAUGGCUGUCCUGAUGUAAGGUUUUUUUCUUUGUUUCUUGCACGACCUGUUGGUUAAUUUGUUAACAAAUAGUUUGUGAAGAUAUGGGUUAUUAGGGCCGUAAAAAUGGUUUCAG